GGUAUUUUAUAGCUGUCAGGGUACAGGUCUUGUACAUCUUUUGUCAGAUUUAACCCUAAGUAUUUCAUAUUUUUAUACUAUUAUCAAUAAUUUUUUAUUGUUGCCUUUGUAUAGAAAUAGAUUUUUGUAUAUUGAACUUUUCUUCUGCAACCUUGCUAACUUUAUUAGCUCUAGUAAAAUUUUUUAAAAAGAUUCCAUCAGGUUUUCUCUAUAGAUAAUCAUAUUGUCUGGGAAUAGCUCUGCAGAGCUCUUUCCAAUCUGAAUGAAAGAGUCCCAUUAUCCCCAAAAUUCCCUCAUGCUCUUCUUUUUUAAAUAGCAUCACCCCCCACCUAUAACUCCUGACAACUACUGUUCUGUUCCCCAUUAUUAGUUUUGACUUUCAAGAAUGCCUUAUAGAUGGAGUCACUGCACAUAAGUUUUUAGACUAGUCUUUCAUCCAGCUAAUGCCUUUGAGGUUCAUCCAUGUUUUUAUGUUUAUCAGUAGUUUUUUAUUUUUAUUACUGAGUAGUAUCCCAUAAUGUGGGUAUACCACAGUCAUUUUUUAAUUGGAUCUUAGACAUUGUGAAUUUUACUCCAUUGGAUGCUGUUUCUUUUUGUAACUGAGCAAGGGCUCAUGUGUCCAUGACACAGAAAGCCAAAUUCUGACAGCAAGUGUUUAUAGCAAAGUAAGGGUUUAUUGCAGGGCACCAAGCAAGGGAGUAGGAAAUGAGUCUUGGAUCCACUCCUUCUUGGUUUUUGGUUUAGGGAUAUUUUAAAAUGGAAAAACAAAGAAAUUUGGAUUAUCUUUGUCUUGUGACAUUUCUGUGACAUGUCUUAGUCACAGUUUUGGGAGUUAGGAUGACCCAGUUCAUGAUUCUCUGGCCAGGUAGUCCAUGGCUCGGGGAUCUAAGAGCUUAAUCUUGCCCUGGAGAAACAACCUGAGUUUGUACAUUAAUGAUGGUGUCUAUAACAGCAGUCUUAGUACAUUUAUGAUAUUAUAAGCAACUGCAGUCUUAGUCAUCUGAUUCUGCUUGACUGGUGUUCAGGAUUGAGGUCAGAGGGGAGAAGAAAUGGGGUGAAGUCAAAGGAGAGAGGCAAGCGAGUAAAGUUUUAGGUAGAGUAAUCAUAAACUCAGUAAGGGAACUUAGUUUUAUUGGGGCUUGGUUUCAUAUUUGUAUUCAUAUAAAUAUUUGUUCUGGUGUGUAGUCAAGUUACUUCAUUAAGUUUGAUCUUCUGACUUCCAAGAUUCAUUGGGCAAUACCAGAACAGUAUUUGAAUAGGAUUAACUUUUCCCACUACUUGGCUAGAUUUUCCUGAGUACUCUACCCAGCGUUUGUGAAUAAUGAGGUUUUCUGUUCUUGCUGGUGGAAACAGGCAUUAUUCGUGGCCCUGUGUCACCUCAGUUUAGUGUUCCCACUGAUGAUUUCAGAUGGUUCUUUCCUUUCAGACUCAAACCCAGAUAGUCUCUUCUCACUUUGCACAGAAACAUCACAAAUGUGCUCUCACAAGUGAGAAAAGAUGAUGGUAGCAGGGCCUUUAUAAGGCUUCCAGGGCCCCAAGGCAUUCCAACAGUGCAAGACCCUACUCCACUACCGAUUAAAAAUCUUAAAAUGUACCCCGUGUUCCACGUUAAAUGCCUUUUCUUAACUGUAACAUUUGAAAACCUUUUUAUAAUUGUACAGUUUUGAGUUUUAUAAACUGCAGAUUGCUUGUUCUUUUCUCAUAAACUUAGAUAUUAUGUACACACAGUAGAGCUGAUAAGCUGUCAGUGUUUUCGUAAAUAUUUAUUUUGAUUUUGUGGGAUUUUCUUUUUUAGUCAGUCUCUUUUCAGGUCUCCAAUAUUUCUGUAAGCCCUGGAAAAAUCUCAUAGGCUCUGGGCACUGUGCCUGCAGAGCUGGAUGGCAGCAGGGGGAAUAGAGAGGAAGGAGUAAACUGGACAGCAAGGAAGGGAAGUGUUUGAGCUGUAUCUGACUGGAGGUGAAAGGAAAACAAGCAGAGAAUCAUGACCCCCUACCCAGCUGGCUUUAGCACAGCCAUUUGCAGAGAUGGAAGAGCCAGGAGAAGGCAUAAGUUGCAGAGAAAGGGUGAAUUCAAUUUGGAACAGAAAGCCACUCUCUUAUCAGGAGGUGAAGAAAGGAAGCAAGAAGUCAAAUUCCUUUCCUUUCAUCAUAGCACAUGUCAUCUUGGGGUGGCCUGAAAGAUACGAAUAGUCAAACCUGUCUCUGCUGAAUUUCAUAGACAUUUCCAACACUAUCUUCUGUGAUGGCAAGUCCCAAAGGAAGUCGAAGUCAGAAGAUGAAGCUCCCCAUCUUUACCCGAAAGGGGACACUGGAGGUGCCAUCCCCGACAGAGAAGGACUGGUCUAAGGAUGAUGAAGAUGAUUGGGUCUUCAAGGAUCCAGAUCAAGAGCAGGAUUCCCUACCCCAGCCGUAUCGAAUGAUUAACAAAAUGGUGAACUCACUGUUUGACCGUUCGUGGGAAAUUAUUGAGGGGAGGGAUACUUCAAAGACAGCUGAGCUCCGCCGGACCCAGCCCACCAUCUACCAUCCACUUAGAGAAAUUAAGCUCAACACAAUGCCAAACUGCAUGGAUGUUUCCCAAGACUAUGUGUUUAUUGGAGGAAGCAAAGGAUUCUCUAUCUAUAAUCUGCAUAACGCUAAACAAUUACAUGUUUGGGAGAAACUUAAGGUUGAUGUCAUUUCCAUCUGGGCCACAGAUUUGGGGAGUGAAAUACUUAUUGCUCCUGUGGAUGAAACGGGUAUCGUUCGACUGUUUUAUCUUUAUAAGAAUGGUCUUUACCUCAUCAAAGCCAUCAAUGAAUCGGAGGACGCCAGCAAGCAAACCACCUGUAUAAAGAUGGAGAUUUCUAAAGGAGGGAACUUUGCAGCCUUGCUCCUACAGGGAGCCGGGGACAUUUGGCUGGAUGUGUAUAAACUGCCCAAGGAGUCUUGGAUCAAGGAAGUGCAGUACCCCCAACUCGCCGUAAAUACAAAGAAAAAAGUCAGACAGCAGCUGCAAUUGAACACUCCUGAUUCUGUGACUGCAGAUAGUUUAGAUAUGGAUAUGAACAUUUCUUUUAGAGGAGAUUUUAAGUUGAGUCUUCCAGUUCAAAUAAUGAAAAUCAAACCACCCAAACCAAUUACAGGUACCACAUUUAAGAGCCCCCUGGAAGCCUUUGCAAAGAUAGCAGGCUGCCGCGGGCUGGGCUCUGGGCAGAAUCACUACAUCAAGGCAAGCCAGUGGGAGAAGCGGGAGGCAAUCUUAAAAGCCACCUACAAGAAGUACCUGGAUGGGGAAUGGGAGCCUGAGCCGAUCAGUAUGGCUACAUUCUACUUCCUCCUUCCCAGUCGCGUAAUCCCAAUGCCAGCGGGAGUCAAGAGACCCCCAGGGCUCGCCUGUGUCCUUGGUGUACACUGGACCGACCAUCACAACUUUUUCUUCUAUUCACUUAACCGGACGCUGAAGGAUAAAGCUGACCCCGAGGGCGUGUGGCCGUGCGCUGCGCCCAUCGUGGGGUCCCAGCUCAGUCCCUGCUCUUCCUACCUGGUGCUGGCCUGCGAGGACGGCGUGCUCUCGCUCUGGGACCUGGCGCAAGGACUCACUCUUGGAGUCGUUGCUCUUCCUGAAAAGUGCUUCUGCCAAAGCAUCCACUUCCUGAAAUACUUCCUAGUCCACAAAGGGCAGAAUGUGUAUCCGGAGGGCUCAGUGAAAUGCCACAUGAAAUGCGUGGUGCUGUGUACAGACGCGUCUCUCCAUCUGGUGACAGCCUCGGGGGUCCAGAACUCCACCAUCAGUCUGCUGGUGGAGAGGCCAGUGAAGUACCUGGAUGAAGCCAUCUGUGCCGUGGCUCCGGUCCAGGCCUUACCUGGCAUGGUGCUGACCUUUUCCAGAGACGGCUCUGUGUUCCUCAUGAACGUGGCCAAGUCGCAGAUCAUCUGCUCCUUUGCUCCCCCCAGAUCCUACUCCCUGGCGGCCCCCUGGAACCCAGUGUUUGUCGUGUCUUUACACCACCCGUGUUUCCUGCUCCGAGGAGACCAUCCAGAUGAAAAUGGAUCUGCCAGCAAAGCUGAGGACAUCCCAAAUUCUAUUUUCUAUUUUAAUUUUGAGGACUACCCACUCCUAGAAAACUUCUCAAGAAACUGCACCAUUCCUCAAGCUAGCAUAUUGGACCACCCAACAUUUGCCCAGGCACUGCCCCUGGAGGAGAGAUGCGAGAAAUUCUUCCAAAAGAGUAUUCAGAACCUGGCGAAGAGCAAGGUGAAAGAGGAAGAGCACUGGACCCGGCUUCGGAGGUAUUCCUUGCUUCUCCAAAAAGAGGACCUUAAGAAGUGAUCGGGCUGCAGCCCUAGGCUCUGAAGAGGUUGACAGCAGGCAGGCUUUGCCCUGGAACGCUCUGAGGUCAAGAGACAUGACAAAGGGCUGCAGCUCAGUAGGCCUCAGGGGCCUGGCUUGCAGUCUGGGACCUCUGCAAGCCAGCAAGGGGAAAGACAUGAUUUGGGGGUGGGGUGGGGGCCUUCAACCUGUAAGCCACUCGUCAGAAUGCUUAGGAGGGUGGAUGUCACCUAAAUAAACAGCGAUGUUGUUUCCAGGCUC